UUUUAUUUUUAGUGGCCACUGCUGCAGCUGGGGGAGGGAGUCCAGACUGAAUGAAUGAGUUUCUUUAAGGCCUCUAAACCCUUUCCGUCCCAUUACAGUUUCCUCCCUUAAAUUGCCACCCCUUGUCCCCCAUGAUUUGAAUCCAUGUGCUCCCCAUGCUGCGAUAGAGAAUUCCUCUGUACCUGUCUGAACAGAGCAGGAGCGCUGUGGGGCACUGAGGGCAAGAAGACAGGCGAGAAAAAAAAAAAACAGGAUAAAAACACAAGUAGGAGGAACUAAGGAACAUAGAAAGUACCCAGACAGGAAAGAGUGGAGCCAAUAUCGUCUGGGAUUUUAGGAUGGACGCUAUUAUGCUGCAGGAAAAACUGGUGGAACGGCUUCUGUGCCCACGAGUCAGGACAGCCAGGCAGAAGGAGAAACAGUAUGUGGGUUUUGCCACUUUGCCCAACCAAGUGCACAGGAAAUCAGUAAAGAAGGGCUUCGACUUCACUUUGAUGGUUGCAGGGGAGUCUGGAAUGGGAAAAUCCACACUGGUCAACAGCCUGUUCCUCACGGACCUCUACAAAGACAGGAAGUUACUAAACGCUGAAGAGCGCAUCAAUCAGACCGUAGAGAUCAUCAAACACACAGUGGACAUCGAGGAGAAGGGAGUGAAACUAAAACUCACCAUCGUAGACACGCCGGGCUUUGGAGACGCUGUCAACAACAACGAAUGCUGGAAGCCCAUUACAGACUACAUAGACCAGCAGUUUGAGCAGUACUUCAGAGACGAGAGCGGACUGAACAGGAAAAACAUCCAGGACAACAGAGUGCACUGCUGCCUCUACUUUAUCCCACCGUUUGGACAUGGGCUGCGACCUGUAGAUGUGGAGUUUAUGAAGGCUCUGCAUGAAAAAGUGAACAUAAUUCCUCUUAUUGCCAAAGCUGACUGCCUCACACCAAAUGAAAUCAAGAAGCUCAAAGACAGAAUACGAGAGGAAAUUGACAAAUUUGGGAUUAAGGUUUAUCAGUUCCCAGAGUGUGACUCAGAUGAGGAUGAAGAAUUUAAACAGCUGGACAAAGAACUCAAAGAGUGCACCCCGUUUGCUGUGAUUGGCAGUAACACAGUGGUAGAGGCCCGUGGACAGAGAGUGCGAGGACGCCUGUAUCCCUGGGGUAUUGUCGAAGUGGAAAACCAGUCACACUGUGAUUUUGUCAAACUGAGGAACAUGCUGAUUCGUUCCCACAUGCAUGACUUGAAAGACGUGACCUGCGACGUGCACUAUGAGAACUACAGAGCCCAGUGCAUACAGGAGAUGACCAGUAAACUGGCCCAGGACAACCGCAUGGAGAGUCCUAUCCCCAUCCUGCCCCUGUCCACUCCUGAUGUGGAAACUGAAAAACUCAUCAAAAUGAAAGAUGAGGAGUUGAAGCGGAUGCAGGAGAUGCUGAACAAGAUGCAGCAGCAGAUGCACGAUAAAGAGCAGUGAUGUGGAGUGAAGUAGGGCAACAGCGCCCCCUGCUGUGUAUGCUCACAACAACAGAGACUGUCAGAAAAAACCCACAAGGGUCUUGUGCUAGUGGUGACUCUGGCUGUUUGGUGCUUCUGUAUAGUCUGCCUGGGCAAUGGCUAAGAGUUUUUCAUUUCUCUGAAACUAUGAGCCCCCAUUGUUAUAAGUCUUAUAAUAAAUAUACUUUGUUUAACAAAAGCAUAAUUUAAGUCCUAGGCAUUAUAUGUUAUUUAUUAAUUUAGUGCUAAACCUUUUGGAUAUUCUAUCAGGGUAUGAAUUGUGUUUGCAAAAUGUUUUGUAAUACAUUAACUUGUGAUGUUUGCAUUUUAAAAUAUAUUUUUAUGUUAUAUUAUAUUAUUGAGUAAUGCUGUGUAUCCGUCCAUGCACCCCAUGUGCCCUUAAAUCGACCACAGUGACUUUGUCAGAACCCAAACUCUCUCUCUGUCUCUUUUUGCUUUGACUCAUCAUGGACAUAUAUUAACAGUCAGUAUUUUAAUACUGAGACCCACUUGAUGCUGGUGUCAAACUGUGAAUGGGGCGCCUCAGACAUAAUGACAGAGUGAAGCAGUGUGCAUGUCGGAGCAUGCUGCUCUUCUUUGUGCACUCUGCAGAUUUUGGGCCUAUUUUUACUUCAGCCCUGUGCUUGUAAUAAAUGCAUUAUGACCUCUUGCCAUGGUAAAAUACUGACAGUACUGUCUUGGCUGUGGUGUCUCCUCUGCUGAAGUGGCUUUUUGUGAGUGAGGUUUUGUAUCGAUGUCGUUUGUUUGGGUGAAUCAGGACUUGAGUGAUAUGAGAUCUUGCAGGUUCGCUUUGAGCUCAACCAUAAGCUCAAAAGUGUCACAAAUAAACACUACAUGAACAU